AAGUAGGGGGAGCCCUGAUAUAUUGGGUACCUCUAUGACAUUGGGUGUGCUGGAGCCUGCUCCAUGGCCACAGUGAAAAAAGUGACCAGGAGUGGACUGCAUCCCAGCUGCCGCAUCAAGUGUCCCCAUGCCAAGCAGAAAGAAGAUGAAGGAAGUCUCAUCAAAUCCGAUGUCUUCUGGUGUAGCUCCGACUGCCACACGGAACUGCGCUGCAAAUGCCCGUCGGCGUGCAAGAAACCUUUGUGCGAAUAUCAUUACGAGUCGCGGAACACUGUGGAUUUUGUGCAUUCCCGAGAGCUAGGAUUGGACCGCAUCGAGAGGAGGCACUGGGAUGAGGAGUAUCCCACUCGGUACCUGUUGGUGCACGAACUCUUGCGAGAGAAAAAGAUCGCAGUGGGGAACCUGGACAAGAUCUUCUCUUGUGCCUGGCUGGACCAUCAUAAGAUUGCAUUUGGCACCAAAUGCAGCAAGCUGAUGGUGUAUGAUACCCGCCAGAAUGAUCUGACCAGCAUCCCACUUCUCGCAUCGAUGCAGCAACAUCAGGCCCGAUCUGUACAGCGUGGUCUUCAUUCCAUCAGAUUGAACCCAUGUGGUGAUAAGUUGGCCACCACUGGCUACUCCUCAAAUGAUGUUGCCAUCUACAGCCUCCCUGACUUUGAGCCUUUGUGGCUUGGAGAGGACACACAUGCAGAAACAAUCUAUGAUUUGGCGUGGCUGGAUGACCAAUUUCUGGUGUCUGGUGGUCGCGAUGGUCGGCUUGCUCUCUGGAAAGUCACAGAGAUUGACCGCAGCGACGAUCCAGAUUCUGUCGGGGCGAAAUGUCUCAAGCCAAUCACCAAGGUCACAUGCUCAGGACGUGAUAGUCUUCGAGCCUUGGCUUACAACCCUUUGAUGCAUGACAUUGUGGCAGUCUCAGUCCAGUAUAAUCUUCAUCUUUGGGAUCCAGUCACUCUCAGUCAGAAAUAUUCCUUUCGUCUGCCCCGGAGAUUAGAGAAUGUGUGCCUGGCAGUAUAUCCUAACAACAAGCUUUAUGCUGUUGGUUCCAAGAGUCACACCUCCCUGAUCGAUGCACGCACCGGCCAGUGCAUCAACAGCUUCCCUACGCGCUACUGUGGCUGCAGUGUGCGAUCUCUGUCCUUCCGGGAGAGCCUCCUGGUGAUCGGAACUGGGGUCGGAGCCGUGUUCGUGUAUGACAUGCGGGCCGGAAAAUAUCUUCAGUCUCUGUCCACCAAGGCCAAGGCUGUCAUACUCAAAGCUUCUACCAGUGCCUUG